AUGUCUAGUGACGAUUAUGAAUCGAUAGACACUCCACGAGUUGCCUCAUUGUCUGAUUUGACACGUCUACCAACCCAGCGACACAGUCACUAUUCGACGGAUGAAGAAGAAGCAGAUGUUACACCAACGCCUUCUUCCUCAAACUCUGCUACUAAAAAUGUGUUACUGGCCCCUCUAGAAUCAAUGUUUCUUCCUCAUAAUUCUGAGAAUUCUGAUGAUUUGGAAGAACCUCAAAUCCAGCUACGCGAGAAGAAAAAGAAAGCUCCACGCGCACAAGAUGCUACAUUAUCCCAUUUUAUGGGAGAUGAUGCACCUGGGCAGAAGUUCAAAAGAAGAAGUGCUGAAAGGCAUUCAAUGUUGGCUGGUGCGGCUGAUUUUGCUAGUAGAAGAAGCCCUUUUCAUUUCAGUGGAGCUGGUUCUGGUAGAUGGACAGAACUAUUCUCAUCAAACCGAUUUAAACGAAAAACACGUCAGAAACUGAAUAACGGCCCUUCCUCAUCAACCAAUUCGAAUAAUGAAGAUUACGGUACUUAUGGCGGGACACGAAGUAUCGGUGGAAUGUCUGUUAUUUCUAAUUCUUCAGUUCCAGGAGAGUCAUAUUUCCAAUCAUGCACUGAAGAACAGCUUCGAGCGGAAUUCAGACAAAUUAUGGUAAUCUUUCCAAAAGUUAUUAUAACUAUUAUAAGUUUUCAGUUGGAUAAAAACUGUCCCGAAUCUAGAAUCGAUGAAAUUGUUGCAACAACUCCAACGGAACAAAUGAAAUCACUGAUAGCGAAUGCAAGGAAAACGGACGAUGUAGCAGCAAAACAACAACCUCCAGAAUGGAAUCUUCGAGUUCUGGAGAACAUUUUGAAAUCGCAAAACAUUUUAGAAUGCAAACAAGACAUCGUUACAGUUUCGAUUCAGUUGAAAUGCCAAUCUGUGUCAUUUUUAUACCAGUUUGCCGACAGCCUUCGAAGUGAAUCUGGAAGAACCGGAGCUGACCUCAUUUGCCAUCUUUUUUCGUUGGUUCUCAAGAGGCUCAGAAACGCAGACGUUGGAUCCAAGUUAGAAUUUGACCUGAUUGAUCUCCUGCAAGAAGUCGUGAGAUGCAUUCGAACGAUUGUUAACACUCAUUUAGGUCUUGAACUAGUACUUCGCCGAAAAUCGCCCGUUUGCUCUCUUCUGAUUCAAACAAUGUGCAUUCUGAAUCGCAGAAAGUUUAGUGAUGAUGAACCUAAUGAAAUCAGAAUGUUGAGAGAAAACGUAGUGAUGAUUUGUGGAAGCUUGAUGUUUGUAUCUCACGAGACACUGGAAUCAAGAGCAAUCGAAAUGACUGGACAGCAAAAAAUGUUCAUGGAGUUGACAACGAUAGCAAAAGCUGAAUCCAAACGUCUCGGGGAAACCGUAUCUCGAUUCCGUCCUCUUGUUUCUUGCAUUCAAUUCGUCGAAUCAAGAGAUAAGAAAUUAACAAUGAGAGUUCUUUUGAUGCUCAAUAUGCUCAUCAAUGGUGUAGAUCGGAAUACGAGCGAUGAUCAGAUGUGGACAGAAGAUACAAUGUGGCAAGCCAGAAUGAGGUUACGAAGUGAAGCAGCCAAGGAUGGUUUAUCCAAAUAUAUAGAGAAAUUCACUUCAUCUGAUAGCUCUGACUCUCAAGUUCGAGAAGUGGCACAGAAUAUGCUCACAGAGCAUAAUGGUGAUAUUGAAACACUAGUUGGAAAAUUGGAUAAUGUCAAAGGAGAAUACGAUACCUUGGAUGGUUGUUUUGAGCUUUUGGCUGCCAACUCUGAAGCCACAGGAACUGAGACAAUACUUUUGUCGAUUCUUCAACUUUUGACACUCACUAAUGAAGAUAUGGCUACUAAAAGAGCGUAUAUGAAGCUGAUAGAAGCAUCUAUCUUGGAGAUCAUUUUCCAUCGAACACCUAUUGAUCCUGAAUCGGAGGAAAAAUUCGUAUUUGAAAUCCCUAUCGCAGAAAUAAUUGGUAAACGGAACUGUGAAAGCUUUUCGUUUUAUGGUAUUAUUUCAGAGCGGUUCCAAGACGACGAAAUGGCGAAAAAGUUGCGUCAAGCUACGUCAGCGAAACAAGAAGCUGUUGCAAUGCAAGGAGAAUACUGGAAAAAGUUGUUAGAGUUUCAGAAUGAGGCUGAAGUUUUGAGGAAACAUAUAUCGGAUCCUAAAACUCCUCUGCCUCCACCGACGAAGAAUACUCUAUCGGCUCCAUCUACUUCGUCCGGAACAUCUGGGCUUCUACCAAUCACUGGCGGUCCACCUCCACCACCCGGACUCCCUCCAAUUACUGGUGGUCCACCACCUCCUCCGCCUCCAGGAGGUCUUCCGCCAAUCACUGGAGGGCCUCCUCCACCGCCACCUCCUGGUGGAUUACCUCCAGUCCGAGGAGGACCACCUCCUCCACCUCCUCCGCCAGGAUCAGGGCCUCCUCCCCCACCUCCCCCACCACCGCCGGGUGGAUUCAAAGGAGGACUUCCACCACCUCCGCCACCGGGAAUGUUUGCUCCAAUGGCACCUGUUCUUCCCGACUAUCUUCCACCUAAAAAAGUUCCUAAAGUGGAUGGGCCUAUGCGGAAGUUCCCGUGGGGUGCUCAUACGAUAAAUCCACGAGAUAUUCCAAGAGAUUCUUUCUGGGUCGGAACAAAUGAAGAACAACUGACGAAUGGUCGUAUGUAUGAUAGAUUACGAACUAAAUUUGCUACUAAACCAGCUGCUGGAGGAGCCAUAUUGGGCGGAAAAAUAGAGACCAAAAAGAAAUUGAAAACAGCACAAGUGAUUCAGGACGACAAGCUUCUUCAGAAGCUAGGAAUUCUACAAGGAUCAAUCAAAAUCACGCAUUCCGAGUUGAAAUUGGCGCUUCUUGAAGUCAAUGAAAAGGUUCUGACUGUUGGAUUCCUUGAACAGCUUCGAGCAGCGAUGCCAGUCGAAAAAGAGCUGAUUGAUAAGUUGAGAGCAGUGGAUAAGGCACAAUUCGAAGAGAUGCCAGAAGGAGAACAGUUUCUCACUCGUCUUCUUCAGAUUCAAGGACUUCCUCUUCGCCUUGAUCUGAUUCUUUUCAAAAUGCGGUUUCAAGAAACACUAAAUGAAUUGAAGCCAGCUAUGUCGUCAGUGAUGGAGGCAUGCGAAGAAGUCAGAAAAUCCUAUGGGUUUCAAACGUUCUUAAAACUGGUCCUGGCUACUGGAAACUUCAUGGGUGGAGCGACGAAAAACUAUUCUAGUGCCUAUGCAUUCCAUAUGAAAAUGUUGACGAGAUUGGUAGAUACAAAGGAUGUGGAUAAUCGACAUACUCUCCUGCAACACUUGAUCGAAGAAAUGAAAAGGGUUGCUAAGGAUGAAGCACGAUUCGCUCUCACGGAUUUUCACCAUUGCAUUGAAUCAUCACGAGUGAACGCAGAUGAAAUCCGAAAAACAGUUCAACUGACGGAAAACAACAUAAAGAAAUUGGAAAACUGUUUGAAAGUAUACAAAUUGCAAGGAGACCGUGAUAAAUUCGAAGAAAAAAUGCAUCCGUUCCUCGAAAAAGCCAGAAAAGAGUUUGCUACGGUGUCCACGAUGUCUGCGAAGAUGAAGAAUGAUUGGGAAUCGGUUGUCAAAUUCUAUGCAUUCAACGCAACAAAAUACCCAAUGGAAGAGUUUUUCGCUGAUAUUCGUACAUUUUCUGAACAAUAUGCAACUGCUUGGAAAGAAUUGGAUGCAGAAGCCGAGGCAGCAACAGCCGAAGCUAAACGAAAGGAGGCUGUCGUGGAAACUCAGAAGAGGAAACUGCAGCAGCAGGAACAGAAGCAGAGAAUUCCAUUACAGGAGAGACCAGCUAUCAACAGAAUGCCUAGAACUCCGGCGAUGAUUCGUGUGUCUACUGCCGCUGAUAAAGUGGGAGUUCUUGAUGAAUUGGAAAGAGCCACUGGAAAUGAUGCUUUCCUUCAAACUCUCAUGUCCGCUACGAAUUCAAGAACUCCUCGUGCGGGAAUUCCCAGCCGAACAAGAGGAGGUGGAAGGCUCAUUGGAGGUCUCGAUCGUCAGCGGUCACGGCAUCAAAAUCAAGCGAGGCAAGCUCUGAAUUUCGGAGAAGAUGAACCAGUGUUAUCGGGACAAUUUCCUAGAGCUCGCAAUACUUCACAACAUGACCAAAAGCGAAUUGUGGGGUCUUCGGAGUCAGAGAAACCGACGACUCCAUUAGAACGAGCAAAAGCCUUCGGAGUUGGAUUGCCUAUUGGGCAGAAUGAGCUGAAAAUUCGAGUGAGAAGGAAAGGACAACCAGCGGUUCCUGCCACGAAUAUUUCCAUACCGUCUCAAGUAUCUCCGACACACAAAGAAAACGACCCAAGUGCAAGCACAUCGUCUGGACCGAUUUCCACAUCGUCUACCGUAACCUCUAACUCAUCAUCAUCAAACACAAUAGUUCCGUCAACCGAUGAUCUCCUCGCACGUCUUCAUGAUUUCUAA